AUGGAGGAUCUGAAACCUCGCCUGGCUGCUUAUCGCUUUGUCGCCUAUACGGCGGUGAUUUUCUCGGUGAUUGCGGUAUUGUCGAUAUGCUUCACGUUGCCAAUGGUCUACAGCUAUAUCCAUCACGUGAAAAAAUCUCUCCGAAACGACAUCAAAUUCUGUCGAGGCUCGGCACGAGACAUCUGGGAUGAGGUGAACUACAUCCAGAAUGCCCCACCAUCAAAUCGCACACGACGUCAAGCCGAUCCAUGCGCUAAUUGCUGUCUGCCAGGUCCCGCUGGUCCUCCUGGACCAGCUGGAAGACCUGGCCGACCCGGAGCUCCUGGAGCCCCUGGAAUGCCUGGCCAUCCUGGCCGUCCUCCAGCGCUUCCGUGCGAGCCUGUAACGCCACCACCAUGUCCUCCCUGCGAAGGCGGUCGCCCUGGGCCACCUGGACCUCCCGGACCGCCUGGACCAGCUGGAGGUCCUGGCCAAGCCUCAGUGGCAGCAGCCAAUCCUCCUGGACCCCCUGGACCGAAGGGUCCACCAGGACCACCUGGAAAGCCUGGAGGACCUGGACAAGCUGGUGCGCCUGGCCAAGAUGCAGCAGGCGGUUAUGCAGGUGCCGGAGCGCCGGGACCAGCAGGACCACCCGGACCACCUGGUCCCCCAGGACCCAAUGGACAUCCAGGAGGCGGCGGUGGAGCUGGUACUCCUGGACCAAAGGGACCACCUGGACCUCCUGGUCAACCUGGACCACCUGGAAACCCUGGCGCACCUGGUCAGGCUGGCACUGCGGGACAUGGUGGAGAGCGUGGAAUCUGUCCGAAGGUAUUG